CAACAAACUUGCAGGACUUGCAGCUAACAAGGACACAGGACUUGACUGAGCUGCAGCAACAACAACCACAACAACAACAACAAGAAGAAGAAGAUUUCGCACACUGUGGCCAGCGGGAGACGAGCAGCAAACCGAAUGCAGUAUCUCAACUACGCACUGCAGACAUCCACGCGACUGCUGACCAGCCAGAGCCAUAGCCAGAGCCAAAGCCAGACGAGCCACAAUCAGCAGCAGCUGCGCCAGCGUCAGCGCCAUAGUCAGACAGCGGCCAUUGAGGCAGCGGCGGCGGCUAGCACGCCCAUUGAGGAGCAAAUAGCGCACGCCUGCUGCAGUCGCGGUGCCCAAUUGCUGCGACUGCGCCAACAGGAGCUGAUUAAGAGACGCGCCCUCGAGCUUGAGGAUCAGCUGAACGCCAACGACGCCAGCUGGGAUAGCGAUCCGUGCAGCAGCGAGCCCGAGGAAGGCGCCGUGGGCGGUGACCAGCAGAAGCAGGAGAAGCAGGAACACGAGCAGAAUCAGGAUCAGGAGGAGGAGAACUCCAACGAGUCGUGUCAGCCAGUCCAAUGA